CAUAUUCUUGCCAGAGCCUCAAGGUUACCUGUGGGGAUAUUAAUUGGCGUCCCGUCCAAAUGUUCAACGAAUCUCGACGCCAAGCGCUAUCCGUUAUAAUUUCGACAUCAAUCAUACAUCUUGAGCCGAAUAUACUUUCGCCUAGCACAACCUUGCCUAGAACAACAUUGGGACAAUACCUUCAGCUCAGACAUUGCGAUGACUGCCAUAUCACCAGGAGUCGCCCUAGCCAUGGAUACUCUGAGCAAGAGAGAUGAUGAAGAGAUUUGGUAUCACAGCCCGUUCGCUGCAAAGCUUUGCAGUUGCAUCAUCGAAAUCACAACCGCUUGUGUACUAUCCAGCUUCAUCACACUGCGUGCAAUGAGAGUCAGGAGGAAGGGCUGGCAAAACUUGCCGUGGAUCAUCUGGCUCGUUUUUCUCAUUUACGGAACAUCUCUAGCAUAUUCAGUCUCUGCCCUCAUCAUGCAGUUUGUGGUAGGAAAUGGUACGAGCAGAGCAACCUGCAGAGCGACAGCACUGCUAUGCCCGAUUAUCUACAUGGGAAGCAAGAUCUUCAUCUUCCUGUUUCUUGUUGAUCGUGCACACGUCAUUCGCAGCACCAAGAAAGCAAGACUGAGGUCUAAGCUGUAUCUCUGGAACAUUUUUCUGGUCAUCGGCAUCUACGGUACGAUUAGCAGCUACAACAUUGCAGAUACUGUCUGGGAUUUGUAUGGUGGUGGUUGUCGAAUCUACUUUCGAUGGCAAUCGAUGAUACCACUCAUUGCAAUAGAUCCAAUCGCAACUGUAUACUUGACGAUUCUGUUCUUGCAGCCACUUUGUAGGACAUAUUCGCUGCGGUGGCUGCCCUCCACCACCGGUUUCCGUUACUUUCAUCCCGUCGCUCAUUCUCACAACCCCCCGAACCGUAGGCUUCGACAACUGGCCAAGAGAACCAUUAUAGGAUCGAUAGCUACGAUGGGCAGCAGUUUACUUAACUGCAUCACCAUAGUGGGUUUGCGGGGUGAGGUUGCGUGGCUAUGCAUGAUGUGUUGCACAAGCGAUAUUCUAUUUUCAGCCAUUGUCAUUCACUGGAUGAUGAACAGCAGCAGUACGGGCACCCGUGAGGCCACGGAGGACUCCAGUACCAAGACCUCUACCAGAGCUCUGUGUCAGCAGCGGCCCUCUCCUCCUGGCGUGGCCUCUCCUCGCCCGAUUCACGUGUUGUCUAGCCUGCGAAGUCAUUAUUCGGCAGGAGUGUAA